GUAAUAAUUUAUUUAGUAAGGUGUUAAAAAAUUUCGAAACAAUUCAUUCAGAACUGACUAGAACAUAGACUAUCGAUAGUUCGUGCAUUUGCCUCGCGACGGUCCAACGAGACAAGUGUGUACACACUGGCAAACCCGACCAUUUUGACGCGAUUUCGAUUUCCCAUAAGAAAAAAAAAACACACAUUUAACUCGGGCGCUCCUGCUGCUGUGUUGUGUGCGUGUGAACGAUCCAAAUAUAUACACACACGAGCUGGAGAACAGUGAAAUCGAAUUGGUGUUUAUAUUAGCACAUAGAUGGCUGAUAAUGCCGCCGCCGAAAAAUCGUUUGGCCAUCGUUAGUAUCAGAACGGGAACGAGAAAGAGAGCGAGUGCGAGUACGAGUACCAGAAAGUAUCGUUGUCCUGCCCCCCGCCCCUCCGCCACCGCCCCCUCUGCGCCGUACGCACGCAUCGAUUUGGGCUAAACGUUAGAUACCUCCUAACGCAGUUGUUAGGGUGGAAAGGCCAGGGAAAAAAAUAAUACACUACACUGGCCACCCGAUAAACUGAACAGAACUGAAACAGAAACUAAAACUGCAACUGCAAUGCCGUGCGUUGGUUACUAUUCGCGUGCAAUCCCCUGAUACGAUCCGGAUCCGCUCCUGGGCAGGUCCGCAUUCACACUCGUAGCUCCGACAUCCCAGAAACCCGGAAAAGUGCAAUACAUCUUAAUAUAUGAGAAGCGAAAAACACGGAGAGACCGAUCCAAUUCACAAAAGUCCAAGUGGAAAGUGGUUAAACGCUAAACUAUGCUAUAUGCCAAAACAAUAACCGAUAACAGAUAAACCCGAGGAGUCGAGUCGAAAAUGUUUAUUGUAUAAUUUCCAAUUGAGCAGGUGUGCGUGCGUGUGUGUGUGAGUAGUUUUUGUUUUUUGCGCUGCUUCUUCUUGCGGUUUAUUUGUCAACAAAAAAAGCAAGAAGGGAAACGAAGGAGGAAGCAAGCAGGCGAGAGCGCAGGGUGUAAUAAUUUAUUGUCCCCUCGCACUGCUUGCAGGAGUGGCGAAGCAGAUUACUUGAGCAACGAACCGCCCGACGACCAAGUGGCAUCCAUAUGAAGACCAUGUCGCGCUUCGGCCUGCGCCGUGGCUUCAAGCUCUCGGAGGAGCAGGUCAACGGCAGCGGCAAGAAUCCCACUGCAGCGACCACGCCCCUGGCCUCCGCCGCCGCUGCCCCCAAUCCCCGCAAGAAGCAGCGGCAGCAACGGCAGGAGGAUGCGGAGGCGCAGGAGGACCAGCCGCACGAGGACCCCGACCCGGAGGCGGAGCAGGAGCCGCUCUCGCUGAUCUGCAGCCUGCCGCUGGAGCGGCUGCCCCGCCUCAUGGAGAAGCUGCACCAGAUGACCGAGGAGCGGGAUCGGGAACGGGAGCGAGAACGAGAAAGGAAGCGGGAGCGGGACGAGGCCGCCGGACCAGGCGGAGCGGGACACUCGAAGGUCCUGUGUCUCUACUGUGAUAGGAAGUUCGCCUCCGGAAAGCUGCAGGCCAAGCACGUGGACAAGUUCCACACCGAGCGGCAGGAGCGGCGCUGCAGCGGCCGCUCGACCAGCUCCAACUCCCAUCCCGCCGGCGGCUUCCCCGGUUGCCAGUGGUGUGGCCAGCAGGCCACCCGCCGCCAGGCGACGCCUCCGCCGCAGAUCUGCCUGCCGGCCAAGCACCUGGAGCAGCUGUUCCAGCACCUGGCCGAGCAGCAUGCGGACAAGUACUUCGGCUGCCGGCCGUGCCGUCUGCGCUUCCAGGACGCCGACCACUUGGCGGGCCACCAGCGCCAGCUGCAUCCCCAGCAGCACCCGGCUGCGGACCACGCCUCCAAGCCCGGCCUGAUGGGCGCCGACGAGCCGGUGCUCUUCCGCCUCGGACUCACCCAGAACCGGCUGCCCAGCCAUCGGAAUCGCGGCCAGCGCAAGGAGGAGGAGCCGCCGCCCGCGCUGGCCACGCCCAGCGGCAAGUCGAGGAGCAGCAGCCGGGCGGCGGCUCAGCGGCAGCACCAGCAGCAUCAUCAGCAGCUCCAGGCGCAGCAGCAGCUGGCCAAUCCGAGUGGCAGCCAGGCCCUGCAGCUGCUGGACUCCAGCCAGGCCAAUCCGGAUGCGGUGUUCCGGCUGCCGGCGAGCCUGGCCUGCGCCUCAUCCUCGUCCUCAUCCGCAGGCUCCUUCGCCGGCGCCGCCAGCUCCGCCGCGUUCGACGACAAGUUCUACCAGGAUGUGGUCUUCAAUGUGCGGCACAAUCUGCAGAAUCACCUCGACGGCCGGCUGCUCACCUCGCCGCCGGCUGCCUCAUCCUCAUCCGCCUCCCAGAGGCCGGACCUCAUCAUGCUGCACGGACCCAGCCAGAUGGGAGCCGGGGGCGCCUCCUAUCCCACGCUGCUCACCGCCGAGCAGUUCGGGGACGGGGAGCUGCUGCCGCUGGCCAAGUUCCGGCGGAGACCGCACACGAAGCACAGCUGGAAGUGGAAGUGGGACUACGUGAAGAAGUUCACCCUGAUCAACGAGGGCGGGCGGCUGGUGAAGAAGCUGAAGCAGCCCAGCUCCCUCGGACUGCGGGAUCUCUCCAAGCUGGACAUGUGGACGCAGCUGACGAUGCGCCAGAAGCACGAUCUCUCGCUCCGGCUGGCCGAGGAGCACAACCAGGAGCAGCGCCGCCUGCUGGAGCAGCUCGACCUCAUCCUGGACCACCGCCUCCUGCCGCACAUCAUCCUCGAGCAGAACGAGCAGGCGGUGAUCAAGUGCGAGAACGACGAGGACGAGCCCGCUGCCCUGGACACGCAUCCCGGCGACGAUCUCCUCCCGCAGAGCUUCGCCGACGAGGGCUUUCUCUCGCUGCUCCAGCUGCAGCCGCGCAGCGGGAACGGCCACCGGGAGAGGGAUCAGCGGGAUCAGCACCACCAGGGGGAACUGGACAGGGAGCGGGAUCAUCUGGAGCCGGGAAGGAGCAGCAGCAGCAGGAGCCGCAGGGCCGUCGUGCUGAGCGGCGAGUGGGCGAGGCCACGCCUCUACCUGUGCAUCUGCUGUGGGGCCAAGUUCGACCAGCGCAAGUCGCUGGAGGAGCACAAGACGUUCCGCCACUCGCACAUCUACGCCACCCACUACGAGGUGGUGGGACGGGAGCUGCUGGCCGGGAACCUGCUGCGGCACCUCUUCAUCCCGAAGCGGGCGCUGGGUCGCUUCGCCGCCGCGAGCAACUGCGUCCGGUGGCCACAGAUGGCCACACUUGGAUCCGGGGGGCAGCAGCAGCCGAAGCAGGAGCAGGAGCGCGUGCCGCCGGAGGAGGAGACCCGGUCGUCGGCCUCGUCGCGAUCUUCGUACGAGGUGUCCACGCCCACGCCCACGUCCACGCUCUCCGGGCUGGAGCAGCAGCAGGCGGGGAUCACCUCCUCCUCCUCCGCGUCGUCGUCCUCCUGCUCGCCCAGCUCCUCGUCCGCCAGCUCCACCCUGAUGUCCACCGCCCCCACCGCGAUGUCGUCGCACUCGGCCUCCUGCACCUCCUCCUCGGCGGUGACCACCAUGCUCUCCGCAUCCGCCUCCUCCGCAUCCGCAUCCGCAUCUGGCUCCUCAUCCGCUCCAUCGAGCUGCACAAAGUGCGGCCGCAAGUGCAGCGGCCUCAUGGAUCUCUACCGGCACAUGCUGGACUGCUCCGGCGACUACGUGUGGUCGCUGGCCAAGAAGCGCAAGUACCGUUACUACUGCGGCACCAAGAAGCGGCGCGCCUUCUCCAAGAAGCCGCUCAAGCAGCUCUCCGCCCGCAAGAAGGAGAAGCUGGAGGUGGAGGAGGGCGAGGGCGAGGGCGACGGCGACGGCGAUGGCGAGGGUGAGGGAGAAGGAGAGGGCGAGGCGGAGGGCGAGGAGAGCGGCUCCAGCUCCUCCAAGCUGAAGAACUCGCCGCGCCAGAGGCCCAGCGACGCGGAGUCCAUUCGCAAGAUGCUGGAGAACCUGCCCGCGAAGCGCAUCUGCAAGAAGAUCUUCCCGGUGGACAACAAGGCGAAGCGCAAGGCGAAGAACAAGGCGAAGGCCAAGUCGAUGGCCAAGUCGCUGGCCAAGUCGCUGGUGAAGGCCAAGUCCAAGUCCAAGAAGCAGCAGCGCAGCAGCACCAAGCGGAUCUACAACCAGCACCUGCUGCGCACCACGCGCUCCCGCUCGCGCUCCUCGGUGGUGGCCACCGGUUCCUCAUCGGCGGCCAACCAACAGCAGCGCAGUCGCCGCAAGCAGAAGCAGCAGCAGCAGCAACAACAACAGAAGCAGCAGCAGCAGAAACCCAAGCUGGACAAACCGAAAUCCCCGCCAGAACCGCCGGCUACUGUCGAGCAGGAACCACUGCCGGCCAAAGUGGAGGUGGCCGCCAAGCCAGCAGCACCCUCAUCCACAUCCACAUCCACAGUCACUGCCAAGUCACGAUCUCCCGCUGAGGAAAGACCUUCCCUGCGGCUGGAGCUGCCCCCCAGUCAGCCGGAUGCAGCUGCUCCGCCCGCCGGGUCCGCUGUCCAGGAAGCGGAGCCCGCCUCGCCCACUCCCAGCAAGCAGCUGAUGCCCACGCCGCCCACCACACCUGCACCGGCCACCAAAUCCCCGCCAGUCGCGGCCGCCGCAGCGACGCCCUUCUCCGCCAGCACUCGCCUGGCGUCGACUCCCAGCUCGGGGGGAGUGAAGCGGAGCAAGCGGAUCAGCGACUGCAUCGCCAUGCUCACCGGCAAGCUGGAGGAGAAGCUCAAGACGGAGCAGGUGCCUCCGUCUCCUGCGCCGCCGGAAAAGGACAAGGAGAAGGGAAGGGAGCGCGAGAAGCCAGUGGAGAGUCCUGCUGCGCUGCCACCGUCGCGCAUUCCGGCGGAGAAGGAGGUUCCGCCGGAGAUUCCGGAGAAGGAGCGCGUGCAGCCAAAGACUCCCAAACGGAAGGCUGUUUCCCGCCGGAUCAUCAAGGUGGACGCCACGCUGGAGGUGCCUCCCGCGGCGGAAUCGAUGCCAGCGAGGAAGCCACCGGUGGAGCUCCAAGAAGCGGUUCCAUCGGUUCCAGUGGCUGCACUUCCUCCGCCGCUGGCCACUUCGAUGCCAACUCCUGCUGUGGUUCCUCCUGCUCCUCCCGCUUUCAGCAGCUGUGUGCCCGCUCCUCCGUUGCCAGUGGUGACACCUCCUCCGGCUCCUCCAUCGCUUGCUGCUCCUCUGCCGCCAGUGGCUGCACUGGCUCAGCCGCCGCCAGUGGCGACCAUCACCCAUCCGCCGCCGCCGAGGCGCACGCCCACCAAGGCGGCGGCCAAGCAGAUGGCCGCUCCGCCUCCACCGAAACCCGCCUCCUUGGCCGCCCUCAAGCAGUAUCCUCCGCCGCUGGAAGCGCCACUGGCUGCACUGGUUCCCCCGCUUCCCAAUUCCGCUGGAGCACCCGUUCCGCUCGCCCUGCCCGUGGGAAUGCCCCUGGGAAUGCCGGGGAUGCCAGUUCCAGUCCCCGUUCCCGUGAACAUGCUGCCCAAGAUGCCUCUCUACCUGCCGCAGCUGCAGCAGGCGAAUCCCGGCCAGAACCCGGCGCCCCCAGCCAUGUUCGUGAUGGAGCACCAGCCGCUGAACCUCACCAGCCAGCGAGGAGUGCUCCCGAAGCCCCUGAUCGGAGGCGCCACUGGGGAUCCCGGCCUGGUGGGGAUGCCGCCGCACCAUCGCUCGGGAGGAUUGCCCGCCAGGAGGCAGACGAUCUGCGGCUUCGAGGCGCGCAACCUGAUCGCACUGGAGAUGGACAUGGAGCCACUGGAUCUCUCGAAGAAGUCGAGCAGGAAACCCUCGCCGGUUCCUCCGAUGAGGAUGCAGCCCAUCCCGGAGCUGCCCCUCCACGGCUCCAUGGUGUCCAUGCAACUGGUACCCGGAACGGGAGCGGGAGCUGCAGUUCUUCCACCUCCACCUCCACCUCCGUCGCAGCAUCCAGGUGGUGCUCCUGCCCCUGCUCCCGCUCCCGGACAGCUGGCCAUGCCCGCAGGGGUCCCAUCGCACUACUACUCCAACCUGGACCUGCUGAAGAUCCCGCAGGUGCGCAAUCCCGGCAAUCCCGCCGUGGUAGUGCCCCCGGGAGGAGCUCCGCCGGUCUCCGUGCCCGUCGCUCCGGCAGUGGUGACGCCCCUGCAUCCCGUCAAGAGUUCGGGUGGGAAGAAGCGCUCGCUGGAGGGAACCGGUGGCUCCAAGAAGGAGCACGGCAAGGGGCAGUCCAAGGCGUGUCCGCGGAUGGACGAGGUGGUGAACAACCACAUCGACGACGCCAUCAACUCGGUGAUCCUGGCUGUCCAGGCGAGUCUUCCCGACGACGACGAGGAGGAGGAGAAGGAGCUGGCCAAAAAGGAGAAGGAGAAGCUGGAGGAGGCACUGGCCAAGCCGACGACCACGAAUUGCCUCCUGGCACUGCAACCCUCGACGGGAUUGCCCCAAGCUGGACAAGUGGAGAGAUCCCAACCAGCAAAUGCUGUUCCCGCUGUGGGGGCAGCUGCUCCUCCUGCUCCUCCACCAGCAGUGGCUGCUCCUCCUCCAGCAGGUGCUCCUCCUCCAGCAGGUGCUCCUCCUGCUGCAGUUACUCCUGCUCCCGCCAAGAAUCUGGCGCCGAAGAAGCGCUCCAUGCGCUCGCGAACCAUCGACUGCCGCUCCGCUUUGAUCUCCCUGGAGGAGAACCUCCUCCCAGUGGCUCCCAUCCUGCCGCACUGCAUCAUCCCGCUCCCGGUGAAUGGCGAAGCCAAGGGGGAGAUGCUCCCCUAUCCUCAUGGAGUUCCCGCUCCGGUGGAAGCUCCUCCUGCAGUGGCGCAUCUUCCAGUGGUGGCUCCCAUCCAAAGGAAUCCCGUCAAGGAGAAGAAGCCUCGGGAAGUCACUCCACCACCGCCAAGUGAUCCAAGGCCCAUUGUUGCACAGGCCACACCCGUGGUCACUCCUCCUCCGCCAGUUGUGGAACUCGAAUCCCCGGAGUCACCCGAUCCCGAACCGGUUGGCCAGGCUCCUCCUCCUCCUCCAGAGGAUUCAGCUCUCGCUCCCGUGCCCGUUCCCGUAUCCGUGAUCUCGGUGGCUCCGGCUCUGCCGGCCACUCCUCGGAUGGCCACGCCCCCGCCCACCACGGAGACGAACUGCAGCUCGCUGCUGGAGGAGCACAGCAGCAACCUAAACAACAACACCUCCUCGGGCUUCCACAGCCUGGCGCAGUCGGAGCAGCCGACUCCGGCCGCCAGUGCUCCUCCGGAGGAACCCACUCCCGCUCCAACCCCAAAGGAAGAGGAGGCGCAGAAGAAGCAGCCGGAGCAGCAGGAGGAGGAGCUGCUGCCCGCCAAGAAGAAGCAGCGACGCCGCCGGAAGAACGAGCUGGCGGCCAUCGUGGCGGACCAGCUCCUGGAGAGCUUCAAGAUCGACAACGCGCGCCGGGACAACCUGAAGAAGCUGGAGAACCUGGCGUACGAGAAGAGCGAGGACCUGCUGCUCACCGGGAUGCUCCUGAUGUCCAGCACCAAGCGGAACGCCGCUCUGGGCACCUCCUCCUCCGCCGGAGCCGCCAAGCUGGCGAAGAAGGAGGCGGACGUGGAUCCUCCGCCUAAUCCUCCAGUGCGCGGCAGACCGAAGCGUCGCCAGAGUUGCUACUACCGCAGGGGUAAGGCGGGCGGAGGAGGAGGUGGGGGAGGCGGAGGAGCAGGUGGCAAGGCCACCAACGAGAACAUCAGCCUGCUGAAAUCCUCGCUGGAAUCCUUCUCCAUCGGGAUCGAGAAGCAGCUGCUGGCGAAGGAGGCGCGCGAGGCGAAGGAAUCGCAGCCUGCGGGAUCCACCAGCCAACCACCUGUCGGCUCCAUCCUGCGUCCCAGCAUCCUGAGCAGCGCCGUGUCCCGGGAUCCGGGGAUCCAACAGCAGAACCAGCAGAAUCAGCAGAAGCAAAAGCCGGAGAAGCUGGAGAAGAUGGAGCAGAACCUUCCGCCGGCGGCGGCCACCUUCAGCCGCGAUCCCCGCCUGAACAAGAACAUCCACAAGGAGCAGCCGGAGCUCAGGGAUCCACCCAAGGCGCCGUCCUCCGCAGCAGCAGGAGGAGCGGGCGGAGGAGGAGGAGCAGCUGCGAACGAGAACGCCGAGGAGGAGGACAACUACCUCACGGAGAUCGCGAAGAACGUGAACGAGAAGAUCAUGUCGGCCACCACCAACGAGGACUUCGAGUUCGCCCACGACGCCUUCGACGGGGAGACGGGCGAUCCCGACCGGGACCAGGACCAGGAGCACGACCAGGACGCGGACCACGACCAGGACAAGUACUACCGCCCGCCCACCUCCAUGAGUGUGCGGAGUGCUCCGAACCUCAAUGACGAGCACUCCAACUUCGGCUCCAUGUGCGACGACAACACCAACACCGAGGUGAUGGACAUGGACCUGGACGACGAGAUGAGCGUCUACACCAGCUACUCCCAGGAUCUGGGAAGAGGAGGACGCGGGCGAAGGAGACGCCGCCGGAGGAGCGUGCUCCUCACCCGGCGACCCAAGAAGCGGACGCAGCGCAGCGAACUGGAUGCGGAGAAGUACGGAUGCCAGCUGUGCGGGAAGAGCUUCUUCACCGCCACCUCGCUGUCCAAGCACAACAUGACCCUGGCCCACGUGUCCCGGCUGUCCGCCCAGGAGUACCUGCAGUCCCAGACGGCGCCCUCAAGUCCGCAGGAUGUCCGCGAACCGGAGGCGGAGCCAGUGGUGGAGCAGCAUAACCAGCAUCCCCACCAGCAUCAUCAGCAUUCCCAUGCGCAGGAGGAGCCAGUGGAGCAGCCACCACCAGCUGUUGCACAGCAAAUGAGAGCCUCGGUGCUGAUGCUUCCCACGCAGAUGGGCCACCAGGAGAGGGAAAGGGAUCGAGAACGGGAAAGGGAUCGAGAACGGGAAAGAGAGCGCGAGCUGAUCAGGAUUCAGGAGCAGGAGAGAAGCCACCUCUUGAUGGAGCAGCACCACCAUCAGUUGCAGCAGCAGCAGCAGCAGGAGCAAGUGCACCACGUGAUCACGGAGGCCAGCCUGCGGCUCCAUGACAACCAGCACAGUCCCUCGGCGCCAACGGGAUCCCGACUCAACCUCAAUCCCGACGAGCGGCUCUUCUACGAGUGCUGCAACAUCCUCAAGAGCGCCGAGACGCCGCGUCCGCUUCCCUGCGGCGGAGGAGGAGGAGGUGGAGGAGCAGGUCCCGCCGCCACCUCGGUGAUCGUGACGGCGGGCAGGAAACAGCCGCCUCCUCCGCCGGCGUCUCCUUCGCCGUCGCGCUCCUCCUCGCUGCCGCCGCCGGCGUCGCCGUCGCCCACUCCGUCUCUUCCGCCGCCCGCAUCCCCGUCGCUCUCCCUUCCCCCGCCGGCCUCGCCAUCGCCCUCUCCCUCGCCUCCACCGCGAGGGGAGCCACCUGCCCCGGCCCUCCAUCCGCACGGCCACCAGCCGCACCACCAGCAGCACCACCAGCACGCCCAUUCCCACGGCAAUCCCGGCCAGCAACCUGCGCCGGCGCCCGCCGUCUGCCACCAGCCGGUCAUCCAGCAGCUGUUCCGCAACCCGCCCGCCGUGGCGCCCACCACCACGCCCACGAAUCACAACCGGCUGUCGCCCAGUUACUCGGCGGUGUCGCAGUUCUCGGGGACGACGACGACCUCCCGCUUCAAGACGAAGGCCGCGAUGAAGGGCUACGAGAACGUGAACCUGCAGCUGGACAUGCUGGAGCUGGCCAAGGCCGGCGGACGCGGCGUCUGCAAGCUGACGGAGCUGGCGGACAUUGCGCUCGGCAGCGAGAAGCCCGGCGGCGACUUCCUGCCCCACCUGCCCGCCACUGCUCCGCCGUCCACGGCUCCAUCCGCGGUUCCAGCGAUGCAGCCGGCCAUCCAGCAGACGCCCACGGCCACGCCCACUCCGACGCCGACGGGAACGCCCACGGUGACGCCGACGGGAGCGCUGGAGCAGCAGCAGAGCUCCACAUCCUCGAAGACGAUCAUGCACGCGUCGCUGAUCAAGGCGGCGGCCGGAGUGGCCAGCUCGGCCACCCUGCCGCCCUCCUCCGGACGGAUCAUCAUCCCCGACCGGCCGUUCAAGAACAUCGGGCUGGAGGAGAAGGCGCCCAUCACCUUCCAGAAGCCGAAGACGUGCGUCAACCUCCUCCAGGAGCAGGACAACAACAGCGUCUCCACGGCCAGCUACUCGGACCGCGAUGACUACGACUUCGGAACGCUGAGCUGCGACGGCGACGUGGAGCAGGAGGCGGAACCGGAGGCCCGGGUCGCGGCUCCAGUUGCCGGACGAGAGCCGCCGGCGCAGGCAGUCGGACGAGCGGUGUCCACCUCCAGCUCGUCGUCGUCCUCCUCCUCGUCGGCGGAGAACAGCAGGAGCCGUCGGAGCAGCCGGAGCAGCAGCAGCAGCUCCAGCCGCGCCACCGCCAAGACCUUCGAGAACAAGUCCCUGAUCAUGGGCAGGAUCUUCAAGCACGCGAGCAGCGCCAAGGCCACCCCGGUGGUGGCCACCUCGGCGGCCCUCCUCCCGGGUCCCAGUGCCGUGCCCGGUCUGGCCAAGAUCAAGGCGCUGCCCAAGAACCAGGCCAAUCUCGACCAGAUCUUCGACGAGCUGCGUGGUGGUGGCGGCGGACAGGCCAAGGCGUCGGACAUGGAGGCUCCUCCGUCGGAUAACUGGUUGCACCAGCAGCACCACCAGCAGCAGCAGCACCAACACCACCACCACCACCACCAUCAUCACCACCAGCACCACCAGGCGGAGCCCAUGGCGGCGCCAGCUGCUCCGGCAGCUCCAGCGGCCAUGCCGGCACCCAGUGCUCUUCCCCCGGGAAGGAAGACCAAGAACUCCACGGCGAAUCCCGCCAAGAAAUCAACCAAGGCGGCGCAACCGCAACCCCAGGCGAAACCGAAACCGAAGACCAAGUCGAAGGCGGCCACCGUUCCAGUGGCCAAGCAAACCCAAGUCCAAUCCCAAGUCCAAGCCACCUCCUCCGCCUCCGCCUCCUCAUCCGGCCGGAAGCCCCGCAAGGAUCUGAGCAAGCUGCAGUCGGAGCUGGGCAUGAGCCACGAGGAGAUCGAGCAGCUGAUCGACGAGGGGCAGCGCAAGUCGAAGCGCCGCUGCGCCACCAACCGGCCCAAGAAGCUGGUGGAGACGUGGAGCUCCGACGAGUACGAGGAGUUCCUCUCCACCAAGGACAUCAUCGCCCUGAUUGCGCAGAAGGAGCAGCAGGAGCAGCGGCGCAAGCGCAAGACCAGCGAGGCGGCCAGCGCCGCCCAGCCAGUGGAGCCAGUUGCUCCGCCGGUGGUGGCCACUCGGAAGGCGGCCGCGCUGCAGGCCACUCCUGCCAAGCGGAGGAGUCGCGCCAACGAGAAGAACAAGCAGCAGCCGCCGCCGGCGGAAGUGGAGCCACCGAAGCCGCGGGCCAGGCAAAGGAAUCAGCCGGCUGCUGCAGCUCCACCUCCACCUCCUGCUGCUCCUGUGGCCAGUGCUGCGCCGCCAGAAGUGGUGGACCCACCACCACCUGCCAGGGGAAAGUCCAAGGCGACACCGAAGGGCGGAGCUUCCGCCACAAAAGCGAACAACAAUCGCAAGAAGCGCGCGAGCGAAAAGCAGAAGAUGCAGCAAAAGCAGCAGGAGGAGGAGCAGGAGGAGCGGGCGGAGGAGCUGGCCGAGGUGGAGCCACCGGCCAGGACGCGCAGCUCCAGGCAGCAGCCGAGGAGCCGGGCCCUGGAGCCGGUGCAACAGUCCGAGCAACCAGCGGUGGCCACCAAUCUGCAGGAGAUUCCGAGGGAGCGGAGCAAGGCGCGCCACAGCAACUCGCAGCAGCUGCACCCCAGGAGCAGCUCCGUGGCCACCACCAGCAGCACCACCAACACCACCACCACCACCACCACCAACACCCACAACACCCACACCACCCACAACACGAACAACAACAACAACAGCAGCAGCAGCAACAAGAAUCUGAAGGCCAAGCGGAGAUCGCAGGCGAAUCGACAGUCGCCGGCGAGGAGGAAGCGACCGGCCAGCGAGAAGCAGCUGUACUACUGGAGCAGCUCCAGCGACGACGAGUUCGGGCGGCUGGACGACGACGAGGGCGAGGAGGAGGCGGCCGACGCGGCAUCAUCCCGUCCCGGAGGUGGAGGUGGAGGAGGAGGAGGAGGUGGAGGAGCUGGGGGCGGCGGGGAGCAGCGGGACGGCGGCGGGGAGCGGCUGACGGAGGCGGUGCGGGACGAGGAGGCGGAGACCACCCCGUCGCCCGGGAAGCACUUCGAGGAGAACGAGCCGUACCAGAAGCACGGCUGGAUCGUGGGCGACUCGCACAAGAAGCUGGUCAAGCUGCUGGCCAUCGCCAAGGGCAGCAAGAAGGUGGACAACUGCGGCGUCAAGCGGCGCACGCCCAAGCGCAAGUGCUAGUGGUUGGACAAGGACAAGCAACAGGAGUAGGAAUAGGAACAGGAGGAGCAGAAGGAGCAGGAGCAGGAGCAGAAGCAACCUGAUCCCGACCAGUCAUAGCCAUAGGCCUCGAUAGGCGGAGUCGGCGCGGGCAGCCGACGGACGACCCAUCGCCGCCAUCUCGGUCACACACGUACUGCCAUUGUGUCAUCAUCGUUGAUCGUUAACGCCGGCGCCAGGAGGAUGGGAUGGGAUGGAGGAGGAUUCACCCAUCUGUGGGCUAGAAUACAUAUAGAUUUGGACAGGGGAUCGAUCCAGAGAUGGAGAUGGGCCUCCUGGCGCACUGGCCACAUUAACCGUAUGCGGAGUAUAUGCAAACAUACUUUUCUUUUCUUUAAACAUCUAAGCGUUACAUUAUUUAGGUUUUUUUUUAUUAAAUGUAUUUAUAAUUAAUAAACAAAACGAAACAAAAAAGCGAAAAAGCAACAA